CUCACUCAUAUAAGACAGAUUCCCGUUCCAACAACUGGCAGUAACACAAGACAGUGGAUAACAAGCUGACAUGACUGGUUUAAUCUGUGGGAUCCUUCUGUCAUGGGCUGCACUGUGUGCAAGCAGUCCCUCCUUCCUGGCUCGACGGCAGGCGUUUGCCGGAGGCUGUGAUCAAGCGACCAUCAUGACGUCACAACAAAGUUGCUACGGCUCCCUAAUGAAUGUAAGCCAAAUGCAGCCUCCAAGCGGGGACAAUGUGUUUGAUAACAUCGAGGAGUCGUGCAGAGAUGUUGCAGUAGCUAACAGUUGUUUCAAAGACGAGAUGAGGAAAUGUGGAGAGGGCGGAGAAAUAUUGGCGACUAUGAUGGCCAACACUUUUGACUAUGUGUGUGGCGAGGGUCUUGAAAUCAUGCUGUCGGAGUCCGACUGCUGGGCCCACGAAGAUUUCACCUCGGAUAUUCUAGGGUGUUCGGAGAUCAUGGAAGCAGAAUUUGCCAGAAUGGGCUAUAACGGCUUUUGUAGCGUCACCAACGACUUCAUUCGGUGUAUCGGUGACAGAAUAAAAAGCAAAACUGUCUGCUCAGAGGACGCCGCGUGGUUUAUGCAGGAGUUAUUCAGGAGAAGCAUUCGGCCCGCAGCAGACAUGAUGGGAUGUCACCUUCACACUAGAGCCAUACGAGCUAUUGUCGACGUGCUACGAAGAAAGUAACACCCUGAAUGGGAUCUCCAUCAACCCGAGUUCAGAAUUACUGCAAUAUUGUAUUCACUAUUCAGAAAAAACUUCUAUAUUUCAUAUAUUAAAGCCUUUUGUCAUUUUCUA